CCUGAGCAUCUUUGCAUGACAUCAGCUUGGGUGGGUGGGUGAAUAUCUUGGAGUCCUCUCUGCCUGAAACUUGAGGCAGCAGAGGGAGACUGAUUGCAACAUUAAUUAUGCAUUUUUUAAAAAUCCAACAGUUAGGAGGAAACAAGAAAGGAGGGGAAUAAAGUACGCUCUGCCUCCUUAAUUGCAUUUAAUUAGUCUGCAGAGGCAAAGACAGAGUGGAAGAAAGGGGUGCGAGAGGGAACCAUAAGAUUUCCUCUGCUGUGUCAAGGCGAUCGGAAGAAGCAUUGAGCCAUAAAGUGCUCCCCAUGCUCCCCAAGGUGCUCAUGGCUCCCUCUGCUCUGAGGGUCUCUCUGCUUCUGCUGUUCUUUACUUCUGUGCUGCAAUGCAAAGCUUAUCAUAAAACAGCCAGCAAACAAGCAAACUUGACUAAGCCUGCUCUCCGUCUGCUCUCUGACUAUUUAUUUUCCAACUACAAAAAGGAUGUCCGUCCUGUUCGCAACUGGAGGAAGACCACCAAUGUAGCUAUCGAUGUCAUGGUCUAUGCCAUCCUGAGUGUGGAUGAGAAAAACCAAGUCCUGACAACGUAUAUCUGGUACAGACAGCACUGGAUCGAUGAGUUUUUGCAGUGGAAUCCAAGGGACUUUGACAACAUCACCCAGAUGUCUGUCCCUACUGAAGCCAUCUGGGUCCCAGACAUUCUUAUCAAUGAAUUUGUGGAUGUGGGGAAAUCCCCCGAUAUUCCCUAUGUUUACAUCCUCCAUCAUGGGGAAGUGCGGAACCUCAAGCCUGUCCAGGUGGUCACUGCCUGCAGCCUGGACAUCUAUAACUUCCCCUUUGAUGUGCAGAACUGCUCUCUGACCUUCACCAGCUGGCUGCAUAACAUCCGGGACAUUAACAUCUCCCUGUGGCGGACCCCAGAGGAAGUGAAACAUGACAAGAGUGUCUUCAUGAACCAGGGGGAAUGGGAGCUUCUGCAUGUUCUCAGCCAGUUCCGAGAGUUCAGUGUUGGUGACAGCGACUUCUAUGCUGAGAUGAAGUUCUUCGUGGUCAUCCGAAGACGCCCCCUCUUUUACGCUGUCAGCCUACUGCUCCCCAGCAUCUUUCUGAUGGUCAUGGACAUUGUGGGCUUCUACCUGCCCCCCGACAGUGGAGAGAGGGUCUCCUUCAAGAUCACCCUGCUCUUGGGCUACUCUGUUUUCCUGAUCAUUGUCUCUGAUACACUGCCAGCCACAGCUAUUGGGACCCCGCUGAUAGGGGUCUAUUUUGUGGUGUGCAUGGCGUUGCUGGUCAUUAGCUUGACCGAGACCAUCCUCAUAGUGCGACUCGUGCAUAAGCAAGAUCUACAGCCUCAUGUACCUGACUGGGUGAAGCGCUGGGUGCUGGAACGGGCCACCAUCCUGCUCUGCAUCCGAGACAGGAACACGUUCUGUCCGGUCCACACUCAGAGCUCUGACAUCUCUGGGAACAUGGAAAACAAUGACAGUACAGCCAAACUGAACCACUACAGCUGUGAAAGCACACGUGACUUCGAAGGAGGAGCAAGUGGUACUAUGACCCAGCCACAAGGGGAGAGCUCACUGGUGGUUGAAAGUAUCCUGCAAGAGAUUGCAGCCAUUCGCCAGUUUCUGGAGAAGCGGGAUGAAUUCCGUGACAUUGCCCGUGAAUGGCUGCAGGUGGGCUACGUCCUGGAUGUUCUUCUUUUCCGGGCAUACCUAGUAGCUGUGCUGGCCUAUAGCAUCACAUUGGGCACUCUGUGGUCCAUCUGGCAAUACGCCUGAGACACACACCAUACAGAUGGGUUUGUCAAGCAGUUAUGCUUGAUGAGUCUUUUUGAGGUCUUUGGACUCAUUGAUAUGUAGAACUUAGACCCAGGCUCUGAGGUACUGCUCAUGGACAUGCAUCUUAAGAUUGGUGGCUUCAAGUGUCUCAUAAGACUAGUCAAUGUGUAUCUAUAUUGUUAUCAAGGUGCAAUACUUGCCUAAGUGGCUUGUGACCUGCCAUCCCCAAUUGUCUUACCUGCAAAAAAGGGCAGAAGCACAUGCAAUUGCUCCUAAGCGAUGUUUGUACACAUCCUAAAAAUAAAUAAAUACCUUAUGAUGCAUGCCAGUUAAAAACAAAUUCCGAUUCUGGCUCCAAACUGGAUCCCAGAAGGGGAACGGAAGAUGAGUUGCAUGGAACUGAUUAUUAUUAUUUUUUUACCCUACCCUAAAUCCAGUCUUCCUGCUUUCCACCCCAAUUCUACAUUUUCAUUGCCAACGCUCCAUUGUAGAGCACAUUUCCCACCUCCAUCUCAGCGCAAAGGAGCUUCAUCCUGGUGGCCAAGCCAUUUUGUUUAACUAGACCUGUCAUCCCGAGAAUAUGCCAAAUAUGGAUAGAAAUCUUGCAGUGGAGCUUGCCUUUGCUUAAUUUCUUCAGCAGAGGUUUAAUGUCAAGAUACUAUACAAAGAAAGUUUCGCUGUGGAGAACCAAAUCCAGGGUCACGUCUAGUCAUUUGCUACAAUCCUUUCCUCCCUGCUGCAUCUGUUUACUGGGUUUGAGGCCAGUUGUUGCUGAAGACUAUGUUCUACCAGCAUUUUCUCUCCCUCACAUGUACCCUCACCCUGAUGCCAUUUCUUAUUGGGGACUAGAUUUUUCGACGUCUUGAAAUGUCUCAGACGUUUGCUGCCAAGGGUGCAUGAUGCUCAGACUGUUCACCCAUUUUGUAAAUAACGUUCCUCCCCACCUGUACAGUAACUAGCUGCUUGCAUUAACCUUUUCACCUGAGCCAUCUGUAAAGCAGGCAGCUUCUUUUCUCGUGGUUCAUCCAUUUGUUGUGCAAUAAACUGGG